CCUGGAGAGACUGCGCCUGCGCAUUACACUCCCGUUCGCCAGAAUGGAUGCGUCCUGGGAAUGAACCAUUGACCGGGAGGAACGUGUUGCCAUGGAAACGACCAACUCCGGAAAAAACGGGUCGCUCCUGAAGUUUCCAAAAGAAGUGAUUAAAGCGGAGUCGGAGUGAAACUGAAGGAAGGACUGUCGCGGAUGAACUGCUAAACCUGCAAACAGAUGACUUCGAAGGGAGGCCCCCAGGAGCCACAGGGCGCGCACGUCCAGGUGGAGGACUCGGCCGAGGACCUGGCCUACGCGACGGAGUACGUGAAGCUUUUCAAACUGCGACGAGAAGCAACAGAACUGCAAAAGAUUUACGACGGGAAAAAGCAGUUGUUGGAGGAGCUGCAGCGGCAAUCUGACAUGUUGAGGAGCAAAAUUGAUGACGCGGUUCAGCUGCGAGGAAGCUUGGAUUCACUUCUGAAGGACGAGGAUCCAAACACAUCCGCGCAGAAAGCUCAGGAGCUGUUUGAAGAGCAGAGAGCGAGGGGUGAGAGGGAGAUCCAGAGUCUGAAGGAGGAGAAAGCCAGAGCGAUCGAGACCAAACAGAAGCUACAGCGUCAAAAGCAAGAGAUGUCCGUGUAUGCAGACAUGCUGCAGGGAGUGUGCAGACUAGCCAAGUUUGAAGAUGUGGAUCAGCUGGCUUGGUACAUCGAAGAUCAGCUCCACCUCACAGAGAAACUCGUGGAGAAGGAAAAACAGGUGCAGGAGGAAACGGAUCAGCAGAGAAAAGAGCUGUCAAAGGUGCAGGAGAAGCAGAAGCUGCUGCGUCAGACAAUGAAUGGCCAGCUCUACCAGCUCCACACAGAGAUAGAAGAGAUCCGCUCCCAAGCUGAAGUUUGGGAAAUGAAGUGGGGCCAUAUUCAGGACACGGCUGCAAAGAAAACCCUGGAGCUGUGCCAGAUCAAGAUGAUAACACUCAACCUCUUUGAAACAUUAGGGGGCGUCGUUGAAGAGAAAGGCAUAAACAUAAAUGACACAGAAAAACAACUAGAUCAGAUCGUCACACGCAUGAAAGACAUGGAGGACAUCUUGAAAAUGCACAAGGACCUCUACCAAGGACAGGACUCCUCAAAAGGGAAAGCUGAGCAUGCUCCAACCUAUUAAAAAGUGUUUAUUUUUAAAUUCA